AGAAAGUAGUUUUAUAUUAUGAGCUUCCUUAAAAAAACGUUUUAAAUAUUUUAUCGUAUUAGUCUUAUUGCUGGGGUGUCGGUCUUACUCGAAGAUAUUUCAAACCUUUUUUUUAAGUAAUUAAAGAAUGCCAAAGUUUAUACAAGCUGCUGAAAUUAAACAGUAACAGAUUGUUAGUAGAUUUUACAACCAUGCAGCAAGAGCAUUUGUUUAAAGUUCUUGUGAUUGGAGACCUCGGAGUUGGAAAAACAUCUAUAAUUAAGCGAUAUGUCCAUCAGAUAUUCUCUCAACACUACCGAGCAACUAUAGGCGUGGAUUUUGCUCUGAAAGUGUUGAACUGGGACAAUAACACAGUCAUCCGGUUACAGUUAUGGGACAUUGCAGGUCAGGAGCGCUACGGUAAUAUGACACGGGUGUAUUACCGUGAGGCUGUUGGGGCUCUGAUAGUAUUUGAUGUGACAAGAGCAUCAACGUUUGAUGCAGUACCAAAGUGGAAAGAUGAUCUUGACACAAAAGUUACUCUCAGCAAUGGCAAACCCGUCCCAGUUGUUCUGCUGGCCAAUAAGUCUGACCAGUCACGGGACGGCUUGUCCACUCAGAUUCCCAAACUCGACACAUUUUGCAAAGAAAACGGAUUUGCGGGCUGGUUUGAAACAUCAGCCAAGGAAAACACCAAUAUUGAAGCAGCAAUCAGGUGCCUGGUUGAAAACAUACUGACUCAUGAGGAGAAUGCUGUCACCGAAUCAGACCCACACACAGUGACCCUGUCCGGCAACAACAACACCAAGGAUCGUGGCAAAGCCAGAUGCUCUGCAUGUCCCAAAUAGAAGACUGAUGGUGAGGAGGAGCUGAAAUCAGAGAGCGAGUGAAAGAGAGCAUGAGAAAAGGGCACAGAGUUACUGGCUUCACCCUCAAAAAAGCAAUUAAGAUAAGGCACUGCAGUAAAGCAUCAGAAACAAAAUAACACACUGCUGGUUUAUAUUCCUAUAUCAUUUCAUCUACAGUACAGACCCAAUAACUGAUGCAGGUGGUGCACAGCUAAAAGACCAAAAAAAUCUCUGUGAGGAACAAUUACAGAACCUCUUUAUUUUAGGCUGUGAGCAGCAUAAGAUUGUGCAGGCUAAUGGACCAAUAGAGCAAUAAUUAACCCUUUUGUGCAUUAAUAUAUAUACCUUAUUUGAAAAUAUACCUUAUUUGAUGCAAACUACAGUUGAAAUAAUCUGAUAUAUAAAUGACAGUGUAAAGGAUUUGCUCAUGGACCCAGGAGUGACAUUUGAUGGUGCUGGGAUUUGAGCUUAUGACCUUCUGAUCAGGAACUCAAUAGGUUUUCACUACUGAGCUACCAUUUCGAUGACCUUUUUAAAGAAAUGGCUCUAGGGUUUAGGAAAAAUAUUUUUCACCUUCAGUGUAUGGGUACAUGCAGGCUUUCAGAGCGUAACAACAACAACAAUAAUAAUAAUAAUGUUUGUGGUGACAGGACUUAUUCCUGGAACACAAGCACAUGAGGGGGGAAUAUGCCCUGAUUCGGAAGCCAGUCAAUCGCAAAUUGGGGCAUAAUUAAUGAGAGACUGUGUUUUUUGGGAUGUGGAAGGAAACCAUCCAAAACUUAAGCUCAGGACUGGAUCAAUAAAAAUAGUAAUAAUAAUAAGAAUCUUUGAAUAUCGAGUUUCCUUUGUUCCUUUGUUUCCUUUCCACAUGUAGAGAAAUAAAUAAAGAAAUAAAAAAUAGGAUAAUGAAACAUGCUGCAUCGACCAAGCAAUCGGACAGUAUUUACAAAGUGCUAGAGAGGUGUUUUAGCAUGCAUCACAGUUUUUGCUUGUUUUUUGUUCAAAACACCAACUUUAGUGAAUUUCAGAGGUAUGAAAAUAAGUAGGACAUACUGGUGCAAACUGGCUUGGUGUCAAUUUUCCUUUGAGUUUCAUUAUUAUUUUUGAAUGCAAUAUAUUUCAAUGUGGGAACAAACCAGGGCACACGGUGUUAUUUUCAAUAACCAAUAAUGUACACACACCAAAGAUCACAUGAGUAAGCUGAGGCAUUAGGGCUGUACAGAGCAGGUUAUUUUGUGUUUUGUUUACCUGAUUUAUUUGUGCCACAUUGAACAAUGUCUUGCUUAUUCAUAUCUCACAGAGGCUUGAUUUUAAAUGACCACAACAAUUGCAAUAUUUAAUAUCAUAGUACAGUAUGUAAUAAAAACCCUUUGAUACAGGGCAAUAAACAUGCUGCACCAUGAUUGUGCAAUGACUUAAUGAAUGAAACAUGAGCUUAUAUCUCUUAAAUAACAAUC